UUGGACUUCUCUCAGUACUCAAAGCUCAGCUCACCACAUAAACAAAGCCACAUUGCAACUUCAUCACAGCGCAUCACCAUCGUUAUACCAACACGGAGACCAGCUGCAGGGUAACUGGAUCGCACAGGGUCCCCAAACCAUUUCAAAUGCAACCUGAGAAAUUAUUCUAUAUUACCUACAAAAGCACUCCAGCAACUACUACUACUACUACUACUGCAUCCUUUUUUAUUGUUUUUUGUUAUUAUUAUUCUGGAAAUCUACACGCAGCUUUAAGGAGGUUUAUCUCAAAUGUAAAGACGGAACCGACACAGCAAGCAAACACCGGUUCGGAAGAGCGCCCCCAGCCAAGCUCCGGUUCUGAAACCAGGCUAACGGGAAGUUCUGCAUCCGCUGCGGCUUCUUCUGCGCUGUCCAGACAUACUCCUCUCGUCACACCUCCGCCUGGAAAAACAAGCACGAUUCAGCGAGCAAAAUAUCAACCAGAUAUGCCGUGUGUGCAGGCUCAGUAUGGCCCGUCACCACCGAGCUCCAGCUAUGCUACGCAGACCUACACUUACACAGGGGACUACAGCUCUGACGUCAUGAACCCGGACUACACCAAGUUUGGCAUGGACCUGAGUGGCACAGAGAUCACUGCCGCUGCCACCACUUCCCUGCCCAGCUUCAGCACCUUUGUGGAGGGCUACACCGGCACCUACGAACUGAAGCCCUCCUGCCUGUACCAGAUGCAAUCCUCCGGCCAGAGACCCCUGAUUAAGGUGGAGGAAGCCCGUUACGCACCGCCGUCCAUCCAGCAGUCCCAGUCUGAGGACCCCAUGCCCAGCACCUCCAUGUACUUCAAGCCGUCGCCCCCUUCCACCCCCACCACCCCUGGCUUCCCUGGCCAGCAUGGGCCCUCAUCGAUGUGGGAUGACUCCCUGACAGCUGUCCCCCAGGCCUGCAUGGCACCCAGUCACUUAAUGGAACCUGUUCCACAAAAGUCGACUCCCAGGUUCUCUCUGUUCCCUCUGAAGCAGUCCCCCCCACACACAGUGGGAUCUGGCAGUCACAUGUGCUACGAACCAGGUCUGAGCCUUCCCAUGGGUCCCGAGAGAUCCUCUUCCUCUGUGGGGCAGCAGCCAUGCUUGGAUACACAUUUGUACCCCCUGCACCUGGGUAAGGUGAGCGGGCUACACUUCACCCCACUGACAAUGGGCCAGAGCCCUCAGAUCCUGGGGGAGAGCAGCCUCCCCUCUCCUCCCAGCCGCUCCUCCUCAUCCGGGGAGGGUACCUGUGCGGUGUGUGGGGACAACGCUGCCUGCCAGCACUAUGGGGUGCGCACCUGCGAGGGCUGCAAGGGCUUCUUCAAGAGAACGGUGCAGAAAAAUGCAAAAUAUGUUUGUUUGGCGAACAAAAACUGCCCCGUAGACAAGCGCAGACGGAACCGGUGCCAGUACUGCCGGUUUCAGAAGUGUCUCAGUGUGGGGAUGGUAAAAGAAGUGGUCCGUACUGAUAAUCUGAAAGGGAGAAGAGGUCGUCUGCCCUCCAAACCAAAGAGUCCCUUACAGCAGGAGCCCUCUCCCCCCUCUCCUCCACUCAGCCUGGCCAGUGCCUUAGUGAGAGCUCUCAGCGAGUCUACACCCAGAGAGCUUGACUACUCCAGGUUCUGUGCUACAGACCAGCCAGCUGCCUCCACUGAUGCCCAGCACCUCCAACAGUUCUACGGCCUCCUCACUGUUUCGAUAGAGGUGACCCGGACCUGGGCCGACAAGAUCCCAGGGUUCAGUGAGCUGCCCAAGGAAGACCAGACCCUCCUCAUAGAAUCUGCUUUCCUGGACCUCUUUGUGUUAAGGCUUGCAAACAGGUCGAUUCUUGCCGAGGAUAAGUUUGUGUUCUGUAACGGACUUGUGCUGCACAGAUCUCAGUGCCUUCGUGGGUUUGGAGAGUGGCUCGACUCAGUCAAAGACUUUUCUUCAAACUUUCAAAGCCUUAACCUGGACAUCUCCACCUUUGCCUGCCUGUCAGCACUUAUCAUAUUAACAGAGCAGCGGCAUGGGUUAAAAGAACCAAAGAAAGUGGAGGAGAUGCAGAACAAGGUCAUCUGCUGCCUGAGGGAUCACUUGAGCUUCAGCAGCAGUGGAGGUAGUGGGGCCGGUGUGGAGAAGGGGUCGGCAUCGCUGUCCAGGGUGCUGAACAUGCGGAGCGAGCUGAGGUCCCACCGCAGACAGGGGCUUCAGCGCAUCUUCUACCUGAAACUAGAGGACCUGGUCCCACCACCGCCCAUUAUCGACAAAUUCCUGGACACUCUCCCCUACUGAGCAAGUGAGUCAGCGAGGCAACUCUCUGUCUCUAUCUCUAUCUCUCUCUCUCUCUCUCUCUCUCCCUCGGCAGCAAACUCCCCAUGGAGGUAGAGCCACUCACUUCAGCAGCCCUGUCUGGUUUCACACAAAUAAAUGAGUAGAAUAAGAGAGAAGUGGAGAAGAAGAACAACAAGAACAAGAAGAACAAGAAUGAAGAAAGGAACAGCCCAGACACUUCAUGUUUGUGGACUUCUUACUACUCCCUGACUUUUUUUUUUUUGCAGAACUGUUAACACACAAAAACUGCUUUGCUGCUUAUAUAUUUCCUUUUAAGGGUAAAUCGCUAACAAUGGCACUUUCUUGCACGAUGCUGUCCUGGCAGAGAAAACAGCAUAACUCUUUGAUUGUGGUUAGUCUGUAAUAUCCUUAAGAAAUGUCUCCUAACCAAGCCAUCGCUGGCUUAGAUGGAAAGCACUGUUACAGUUGUAUGUAAUAUAACAUCCCAGAAUAUUUGUUUUUAUUAUUAUUAUUUUGGGUAAAAUUGAUAGACAUUUCGUUAUUUGACAGUUUGACUUAAAAUGUUAUCAAGAAAAAAAAAAAUGUUGUUGAAACGGAUGCCUUUGGCGUCUUUCUUGUCUAAAGGGUGCAGAUGGUUGGAAGUAAGUUUUGAAUUGUUACGCAUUAAAUGGAAUACAUCAAAGGAAACAUGACGAAGGCUCUUAGCUCUCAUACUCAAGUGCAUUUUAUGAAGUGCUAUCUUAAAAACAGCCUCAUUUGUUUAUUUUAACUCUAAUUUAUUUUAAUACUAAGACAUGAAGCAAAAAGCUAAAAAUAGGAAAUGUUCGCACUAAUUUUAUCGACAAAGUUACAUGAACUUGAAUUGCUGUAGUGGAGAUUUUACUGAUUUAGAGUUAGGACAAAGAAAGAGGAUGAAGCCGGGACACUGCGAAUUAGGACAAGCACCGUUUGCUUUAUCAAGAGGAAAGAGGGAAGUUGUUUUUAGGUCAUACAGGGUCAGAGACGGAAGACUGUUUGUUUGGUUUUCUGCUUUUUAAAAUAAGGUUGGCACGCUGCUCUCUCUUAGAGUAACCAGCAAGGCUUUCAGAGAAGUGCAGGAGCAUAUGUGCUAGACAGGGUACAGAGGCCGAGAUUAUACAUUCCCAGUUCGUACUCUUUUUUUCUAUGUUUAUACUGUUGAUGCCAUUUAUUAAUAUGAGAUGCAUUUGUUGCAAAAUGUCUUUAUUUGUACAAAAAAGAUUAUAUGCAUGGUAAAUUGUAACGACAUUGCCUGUAUUUAUUGCAAAGACUGCCAGCUCUGAGUUACUCCAGGACUUGUUCACACUGACUGAAAGACACUGCUGCCGUCCUCCAUUACACAGGAACCA